CUCGGGCGGUUGGUAGGGGAGUAACGGAGCGUGGAUCGUCCUUAACGCUGCCAUUAUUAUUUGCCAUGGGGAGGAGCGUCGACGAUCCCUAUUUUCGCAAUGGACCUGAGAGCGCUUUUUUGGCAGUGCCAGUUGUCACGGGCUCUCCUUUCCCUUCGCCUCUUCUCCCAGUAGUUAUUAGGGCCGCGCCAUGGACCAAGACCCGCCGAAUUCCCCGCCGGUGAACUUCAACGAGCUGCCAGACGACUCGCCCCACGUGAGGGCCGCUAUUGCAGCGCUGAGGUGCAGAGCUGUAGAAGAGAACCUAGAGGUCCGCCAGUCUGACCUUUCUGACGCCCGUCUGAUCCAAUUUUUGCGGUGUCGAGACUUCGACAGCAACCUGGCCUGGAAGGUUUUCAAAAACUACCACAAAUGGAAAAAGGAAUACCCAGAAAUAACUGGAAAUCUACAUCCACCCUCUGUUCUUAGCCUGUUGCAAACACGCUAUGUUGGACUUUUGAAAGAGAGAGAUCCAUGUGGUUCUAGAGUUGUCUUUUAUAGAAUUGCACAAUGGGACCCUAAGAUAUUUACAGCAUAUGAUCUCUUUCGUGUAAGUAUUAUGGUAUCUGAGCUUGUUAUAAGAGAGCCAGACACUCAACGGAAUGGAGUCAAGACAAUCUUCGAUCUCCAAGGAUGGAAAUUUGCUCAUGCAUUUCAGAUCACUCCAGCAGUGAUCAGGAAAAUAGCAUUUGUACUUACAGAUGGUUUCCCAGUAAAAGUUCGUGGAAUCCACUUGAUUAGAGAACCUCUAAUUUUUUACCAUGUUUUUAAUCUAAUUAAGCAUUUUCUCUCUGAAAAAGUCAAAGCACGGAUCCAUCUGCAUGGGAACAACUUUACACAUGGGCUCCAGAAACAUUUUCCAGUCAGCCUUCUCCCAGAAGAAUAUAAUGGUGAAGCGGGCCCUUUUGAAGAAUUUUCUAAAAACUUGAUUGACCUUUUAAUGGAAUCUACAGACUAUCUUCAAAGUAUUUCUCUUCCUGCAUAACCACUGACAUGGACAUAAACUAUUAUCUAGGAGGCUCAGAAAUACUUCCUUAUUAACCAGAAUGAAGUGCAGAUGAAGCUAAUGCUAUAAGUUGCAGGAUGCAAAGGAUGCAAAAUUUUGGCUGUUUUAAAUAGCUAUAGGCCCAGAACCCCUAUCCCCAAAAGAAACAAUUAACUCCAUUAAAAAAAAUUACAGAUGCUUUUUAAUGCUUUCAAUCAUCUGAACACUUAGAUCAGGGCUUUCAAAGUCACAGGUCUUGGGCUGGAUGAGUCUAUGCAUAAUUUAGUGAAGAGGGAAAGUCCCAAUACGUCAUGUGACACCACCAUGACUAUGUGAGUUUGACACCCUGACUUAGAUAAUACAAAAUUACUUAUGGAUCAAUAUCAGAUGUUAUGAUUUGAGAAUACAUAUAAAAUAAAAUGAGAAAGUCUUUUAUGUGAAGGGAAAUUGUUUCCUCCCUAAAAGAUGUUACACACUUAUUGUAUCACCUGCUGAAAUUCAGCCUGCCAAAAUAGCUUCUGCCAGAUCAGAA